AUGAGGUUUCUAGACGUCAUAUUUUUCAUUUAUUUCCUCACCCACAUUCCGAUCUCAGUGUUGGUUGAUUUCCAAGCUCUGUUACCAUCAAAGUAUUACCCGCAACAGCUAAUAGCACUGAAAGAUUGGUACUGCACAGAAUUCCGUGACCCCCUGCUGAUGCUACCACCAGUGUGGUUCAAGUCGCUGAUUGUGUGCGAGCUCUUUCAGUUCCCCUUUUUCUUUGUUGCUGUUUAUGGCUUCUUCAAAGGUGCCCGGAUCUGUAAAUGGCUGAGAUUGCCCUGUAUUAUCUACGGAAGCCAUGUGGCAACAACGCUGGUUCCGAUCAUAUUUCACGUUUUGUUGCAAGAUUUUUCUAAGGAGAAACUACCUAGCCCGCGAAACUUUAAUGAGCGUCUGUUCCUCUUGUCAGUCUACACUCCCUAUUUAUUGAUCCCCAUAGCUUUGGUUCUGGAUGCUCUGUUCAGUUCUGCUUACCGAGACUCUCCACAAGACCAAAAGCAACAGAAGCAGCAGCAGCAACAGAAGCAGAAGAAGGUUAAAUAA